GAUUUGUAUUCACGUGAUUCGUAUUUGUAUCAGUAAGGUUGACUGUUUGUGGGUUUGGCCUACUCGUAAGAGUUACAAAGAAGUUGUUUAAUUAAAGAGAAAAAUGGCAGCUUCGUUGUUACCGUUAUUAUUUUUUACCGUACUUUGGGGAGUAGUAGGAAUCGUUUUACCCUUUUUCGUUCCAAAGGGAGUCAAUCGAGGAAUUCUUCAGGUUAUUCUUAUGCUGACAGCCUUUACGUGUUGGUUAUUUUGGUUAUGUUGCUACAUGUCACAAAUGAAUCCACUUAUUGGACCAAAACUGAAUAAUGUUACAAUUCUCAUGAUGGCUCGUGAAUGGACCAACAGGGAUCUCACAUCAGAAUGAUCAGGAUUGGAAGAAUAAUGUUUGUCAUAAAUAUAUCGAGUCAUGUCUAUAAAAUUCAAUUAUAAAUAAAACUAUAUGGUUGGAAUGUGAAUUAAACGUUUAGGUACACAUAUCCGUGUACAUUGAAAAUUUUAUGGAAAAACAAACAUUGUAAGAAUAUGAACAUUCCGAUAAAGUAAAAUUUAUUUUUAUGACACUUGUACAUUUUAGUUCUUUGUUGAACAUUAAUUUAUUAUUAUCAUAUGAAAGGAAUAUGUAUGCUAUGUAAUAUGUAUAAUACAGGAAUAAUAAAACCAAUUAAUAUUUAGUCUGAAUA